AGCGAGUCGGCUAAGUAGACCUUAUUACAGCUGAGACAAGACGCCCUUAGCCAUACCAACGAGCUUGUCUUGGUUCAAUAUGCAAUCUGGGGAAUAGUAUCGUGAUAUAUUGAACUGACACUUUUUAUGCUGCUUAGCCAUUUCUAGGUCGUAAAUUCGUAUAAAUACUGAGGUCAUGUAGCACUCUAAUCCUCGUCCUCACCUCUCACCAUCUUCAUAACCUUCGUCAUGAAAGCCAGUCUUAUCUUCACCGUCGGCAUUGCUGCCGUGGCCAAUGCCCACGCCAUCGCUCAAAGAGUCAAGGUCGCAGGCGUGGAUAAAGGACAGAUGGUCGGAGUCAGGGCUCCUUCCGACAAUAAUCCAAUCUUGAAUGUGCAGGAUGCGAAUAUGGCUUGUAAUCAAAAUAGACAGAACACUCCUGUUGACGCCACUGUCAUUGCUGUUGCGGCUGGACAGGAAAUUAGUGUUUGGUGGCAGCACGUAUUCGGCGGGCCCCAGUACAGCGGUGAUGCAGACAAUCCGAUUGCGAAGUCUCAUAAGGGGCCACUCAUCUACUAUCUUGCGAAAGUCGAUAACGCCGCAUACGCGUCUCCAACAGGGCUGCAAUGGUUCAAAGUCGCGCAAGAUGGCCUGGACACCAACGAUGGGACCUGGGGCGUUGACCGUAUGAUUCAAAACAACGGCUGGCACUCCUUCACACUACCCUCCUGCGUCGCGCCAGGACAAUAUCUCUUGCGGACUGAGCUGAUCGCACUGCAUAGCGCGGGUACAUCUGGCCAGGCGCAGUUUUAUCUGAGCUGUGUGCAGAUCAAUGUUACGGGUAGUGGCAGUAAGACUGGUAGUACGAUGAGCUUUCCGGGGGCCUAUCAGGCUAGUGAUCCUGGUAUCCUCAUUAGUAUAUAUGAUGCGCAGGGGAAUCCUACGAAUGGAAAGAAGCCGUAUGCGGUGCCUGGCGGUAAUGUGAUGACUUGCUAGGCGGUGGGAACCAUGUGAGUCGGCCGGAUGUGAUGAUGUUCACUUGGUUAUCCGGAUAGAUGGUAGUAGUAGGAGAGGUCGCUGCCUAUAUGCCAGCGGAUGCCCGGUAGUGCAACGAUACGAACCAGCGCGAUGCACGUGGCUAUUCGACACUAGGUAUGGCUAGUCAAUUUCGACCAUGCAAAGUGAUGCUCUAAGUACUACCGAAGAGUGACGUGUUAUGCCUUUCCUGACGGUGAGAGAUGGGUGAUGGGUAAAGGGAGAGAGGUUUGGGUG